AACAUGUCAUUCUCUGGAGAGAGAGAUUCAGCACCGCAUUCCGUUUAUCACAUUCUUCCCAACUUUACUAGUAGGGGUAACUUGCAUGGAAAUUAUUACAUUUCAGGACUGUGUAAUAGAAGAAUUCGCUUGAGACGAUUGAUCUAAUGCGUUGUCUGGCAAUAUUUGUCUGUUUGAAGUCGGGUCUUGUAAAAGUGGAAUAAUAUAAUACAAGUGGAUAAUAUCAUAUUCCUGUCUGAAUCAUACAAACGAAUGCAUACAACAUAAUUUAUGAAGUGGCUAUAUAUGUUGCUGAAAAAUGCUAACAAGACUUCACUUUGCUCCUUCCUCUCUCAGACAAUAGAUAGUUUACUUGCAAAUUGACUAGAUAUCAUCGAGAAGUGUCUUCCUAAGGAUUAUUUAGAUAAUAAAAUAGACAGAAUGUCUAUGAACGCCGAUAGUCUAAUAGAAGUUUUACGGGAGCAAUGUCUGAAGAGGGGUUGCAAUGGUAUUAAGGGAUUGAGUGUAAUUUUCAGGGCAAUGGACAUUGACUAUUCUAAAAGGAUUGUAUUUGAAGAACUGAAGGAGGCUCUAGAAAGGUUUGGAAUAAUCAUGUCUGAUAACUAUUUGCAUACUCUUUUUAAUGCUUUAGAUUUGAAUAAAAGUGGCGGAAUAGAUUUUUGUGAGUUUAUGCAUAAACUUCGGCCACCAAUGAAACAGUGUAGGAUUGACGUUAUAGAACAGGCAUUUAGCAAACUUGAUGUCAACAAAGAUGAAGCCAUUAUGCUAGACGACCUCCAAGUUGCAUAUUCAUCAAACGCUAAAAAACAUCCGCAAUUUAUAUCCGGUGAGUUGACAGAAAAGCAGGUACUCCGGAACUUCUUGGACAGUAUCGAUACACCUGGAAAUCCGGACGGAAAAGUGACACGUGAAGAAUUUAUGAACUAUUAUGCCGGUGUUAGUGCAACAGUAGACGAUGACAUGUACUUUGAUUUGAUGAUGAGAGCAUGUUAUGGUCUACCUAAUAGAGGAUCUUGACAUUAUCUAUAAUUACCUUUCUUUUUCAGUUUACAAUUAACACCUUUCAC